AUGGCCGCUGUUGCUGAGAACGGUCACGCGCCCGUGGCUGACGAGAACGCCGCCCCCGUUGCUGCCGCCGUCGAACAGAAGGAACAGACCGAGAAGACAAAUGGAGACUCUGUCACAGUAUUCCACGACCCCGAAAACUUCACUGUGAAGCAUCCCUUGAUGCACGAGUGGACUCUGUGGUUCACCAAGCCCCCUAGCGGCAAGGGCGAUAACUGGAACGAUCUGUUGAAGGAAGUUGUGACUUUCAACUCUGUUGAGGAAUUCUGGGGUAUCUACAACAACAUUUCGCCGACGUCCGAGUUGGGCCUCAAAGCCGACUACCAUCUCUUCAAGAAGGGAGUUCGUCCCGAGUGGGAAGACCCCCAGAACAAGCACGGAGGCAAGUGGUCAUACUCUUUCAAGGACAAGCGCUCCGUGCCCAUCGACGACCUGUGGCUCCACGCACAACUGGCCGCCAUCGGCGAGACUCUCGAGAACGAUGGUGACAACGAGGUUAUGGGUGUUGUUGUGAACGUACGCAAGGGCUUCUACCGUGUUGGUCUGUGGACCCGGACUGUUGGCAAGAGUAUCCCCGGAGACAAGAACGGUCGCACACCCGCACAGGGCAAGGAGAUCCUUGAGAACAUUGGUCGGCGGUUCAAGGAAGUCCUUCGUCUUAAGGAGGCUGACGCCGUUGAGUUCUCGGGUCACACGGACAGCGCACACAGCGGCAGCACGAGAGCCAAGGCCAAGUACACUGUCUAA